UUUUUUUUAAUAAAAUAGGUCAUUUUCGAUUCCGAUAACGAAAUAGUAGAAACAGUGAACUGCUUCUUGAUUCUUCUUCUCAACUGUGCUGGGUUUGAACUUUGAAGGUUCACCAAAUCCUCCUGAAGGCGUUCUGGUCUGGUGUUCUACUUCUUUCAAAGUUCAUAUUUUUUUGAACUUGAGAUGGGUUUGUGGGAAGCUUUCCUCAACUGGUUACGGAGUCUCUUUUUCAAGCAAGAAAUGGAGCUAUCUUUGAUUGGCCUUCAGAAUGCUGGAAAAACAUCGCUUGUUAAUGCUAUUGCGACUGGUGGAUAUAGUGAGGAUAUGAUCCCCACGGUAGGAUUUAAUAUGAGAAAGGUAACUAAAGGCAAUGUGACGAUAAAGUUAUGGGAUCUUGGAGGGCAACCAAGGUUUCGCAGCAUGUGGGAGAGAUACUGCCGUGCUGUAUCAGUUAUUGUUUAUGUUGUUGAUGCAGCUGAUCAUGAAAAUUUACCUGUCUCUAAAGGUGAACUUCAUGACUUGUUGAGCAAGCCUUCUCUAAAUGGUAUUCCAGUGCUGGUAGUGGGUAACAAGAUUGACAAACCAGAAGCUUUGUCUCAGCAAGAUUUGACCGAACAAAUGGGCCUAAAAUCUCUUGCCAACAGAGAAGUUUGUUGCUUCAUGGUCUCUUGCAAAAAUUCCACCAACAUUGACACAGUUGUUGAUUGGCUCGUGAAGUAUUCAAAAUCUAAGAACUGAGGCUUGAGUUCUGAGCAUGAAUCUAUUGUCUGAACAGGCUCUCAGUUUCUUAGACAAAAUAAAGAUGUGCAAAGGAUCCAAGUUCCAUGAGUGCUGAUCCGCUGUCCAUAUUUAAAGCUGUGCAAGGUGUGCACAAUUCUUCUGGGCAGUCUGGAUCUGAUUAUUCAAUGCAGAUUUUAUCAUAUUAAUCUUCAAGGGUGGGCACUGAAAUGCUUAAAUCAGUUAUAUCUAAUAGAUUUGUCACUUCUCCAAUGCUCAAUAUGGGGAUAAUUUUGCAGUCCAAAUUGGUUAACAGAUGCUGCCUCUGAUGUUUGAUUAAUUCAGCUAAAUGAACUGAUAAGGUUCUUUCAAGCUAGCCUGUCUUGCCAUUUUCUGGAUCUUAUGGCAUGUGAAUACUUUACUAGUUGUAAUAAAGUAAGAUUUGACACUGCAAUUGUCUGUUAAGUUUGUACUAAAGUUGGUGUUGACCUUUGCCUUGUAAAGAUUCUGCCUUUGCUACGAGGGGAUUAAAAAUAAAAAUU